UUGGUAAUGGUUCCACUCCUGACCCGAAUAGGAAUAAAUGCUCAUCACACUGGAUAGCACAGCCAUCGCGUCAUGUGUUGUGUUUAUUACUCCCACGGGGAAUGCCUAGGCUCGCCGUAGCGUAAGCCGUUAACCUCCUUUCGAAGGAGAACGAAACCAUCAGCGCCGCCGUCGUUGAGCGAGAAAUAGAAAGAAGAGAAAAAGAAUGGAAAAAAGUAAAGAAAUAAACGAAGAAAGAGAUAAAAAAGAAGAGUUCGAUGCAUCGGAAAUAGAAUACGUAAGCUACGGCGGGGAACAUCACUUACCGUUAAUCAUGAGCCUGGUCGACCAAGAACUUAGCGAGCCUUACUCAAUUUUCACUUACCGUUACUUCGUUUAUUUAUGGCCUCAACUCUCUUUCCUGGCGUUUCAUAAACGUAAAUGCGUAGGGACGGUGGUCUGCAAGAUGGGAGAGCAUAGGAAUACAACGUUUAGAGGCUACAUUGCUAUGUUAGUUGUUAUCAAACCUUAUAGAGGAAGAGGCAUUGCUACUGAACUUGUUACUAGAUCAAUUAAAGUGAUGAUGGAAUCAGGCUGUGAAGAGGUGACAUUAGAAGCAGAAGUUACAAACAAAGGAGCACUUGCACUAUAUGGUCGUCUUGGGUUUAUUAGAGCAAAACGGCUCUUUCAUUACUAUUUGAACGGUGUUGAUGCAUUUCGUUUGAAGCUACUGUUUCCCCAACCACAUAUACACCCCUCACUAACUAUGGCGGCCCAAAUAGAAGAUAGCCAUAGAAAUAAUGAUCAUAUGCCGGAGGAAGGGUGCUGUGGAUCCCAUUGUGGCUUGUAAUUUAAAAUUUUUGGAUAUUGAAGUUUGGCCAUUUUUCUUGCAAGAAGUUUUGCCAUACGUGAUAAAAAAAACUGAAGCUAUUCAUUGUAUUAGUCAAGCCACUGUGAAAUUGUUACCUGAUCUAUUUGGAUA